AUUGAAAUGCUCCAUAUUUUGAAUGUCAACUAGAAUUCAUUAAUGGAAACACAAAUAAUAAUGAUAGGAUGCCACUUGUUCAAAUUAUUGUAUUCAUUAUUUGACAGGAAAAUGAUUUUUCUAUACUCAGUUGAAGAGUAGUAGUAUAGAGGCUAGUAACGUUUUUGAGAGAGAAUUCCAGUGUCAUCAACGCAUGUUUUAACAUUAUCUGCAAUAGCAACCUUUUUAAGGACAAUAUCGCCCAACUACAAAGAGGUGAAAACUCUUAUAGCAGUGGCAAUGUGAAAAAAAUGAUUUUCGAUCCUGCUGUUUUCCCUGCCCUACUUCGAGGUGAAGUUACAGCCAGUAUGAAGAAUAGAACUCAUAAUGUUGAGGUUUCCAUUGAUUACGAGGAUGGUAUAUUGGAUGCCACCUGCUCCUGCCCCAGGGGACAAGCAGUAUGCCAUCACAUGGCAGCUGUAUGUUUUCAUGCACACAACAACGUCAGUGUUACUGACAAAACCUGUGUGUGGAAUCAGCGCAAACCUACUGGCGAUGGAGAAAAAAUUGUGAGGAUUAGUGAUCUCUACAAACCAAAAUUUUCUAAUUAUCAGGCUUUUUCGAGACCAACAUCAACCCAAGAAAUGGCAGAUUUUAGGAAUGAAUUAGGAUACUCUAAUCCAGUUGGAUUUACAUGGCUGUUUAUGCCUGAGCAAUCACAAUUGACAAGCAUAAUAAAGAAUAUUGAAGAUAUUUUAUAUUCACUAGAGUAUACACAGGCUACUGACAAAGAGACAUUUUUAAAAUCAAAAUGCUCAGUAGAUAUCGAUACUAUAAAUAAAGUUGAACAAAUAACUAGAGGACAGUCAAUUAAUGAAAAUUGGCUAGUUGCUAGAAAGUACAGAAUAACUAGUAGUAAAUUUGGCUCUAUACUGUCAGCCUGCAGGCGAUAAAGUGGGGAAAAGAACAUGAAGUGACAGCAAUUGCUGUAUUUCAAAAAAUUACCGGAUUAUCAGUGGAUCCAGCCGGAUUUUGCAUGGACUAUUGUGGAUUUUUUGGUGCUAGUCCUGAUGGGUUUGUUAGCGAAAGAUGCUUAAUUGAAGUAAAGUGUCCCUUCAAACACAGAAAUGUUGGAAAAUUGAGACCAGUGUUAAACGACAAAAACUAUAUAGUUUACUUUGAAGAAAACUUGAUGAUAAUUAACGAGAAUCAUCACUAUUAUCACCAAAUACAAGGUGCGGUACAUAUUGCUGAAAAGGAUAUGUGCUAUUUAGUAAUAUGGGUACCAAGUGACUGUAUCAUUGUACGAAUUGGUAGGAGUGAACAAUGGACAAAAAAUUUAAAUAUUUUAAAAACAUUUUAUAUUUCAAAAUUCAUACCAUUUAUUUUAUCGUAAUA